AUGCUGAAGGAGGGCUCUCUCUCGUGCCCUGGAGGCAGCUCCAGCGCCUUCAGGAUUGUCACGCCUAAAGACCGCGAUAAGGCUGACGGUAAGGACGACUCCUUCUGCAUGUUAGCUACGCCCUACCCACAACAUCUUAGAAAAGGACGCCUGCUGGACCACUUGGAACACGAGGUGUUAGCGGUCGUCAGAGCUAGCGGUCACCCGUGCCAGCGGUCACCCGUGCCAGCGGUCACCCGUGCCAGCGGUAACCCGUGUCAGCGGUCACCCGUGCCAGCGGUCACCCGUGCCAGCGAUCACCCGUUCCAGUGGUCACCCGUUCCAGCGGUCACCCGUGCCAGCGGUCACCCGUUCCAGCGGUCACCCGUGCCAGCGGUCACCCGUUCCAGCAGUCACCCGUGUCAGCGGUCACCCGUGCCAGCGGUCACCCGUGCCAGCGGUCACCCGUGCCAGCGGUCACCAGUUCCAGCGGUCACCCGUGUCAGCGGUCACCCGUUCCAGCGGUCACCCGUGCCAGCGGUCACCAGUUCCAGCGGUCACCCGUUCCAGCGGUCACCCGUGCCAGCGGUCACCAGUUCCAGCGGUCACCCGUGUCAGCGGUCACCCGUUCCAGCGGUCACCCGUUCCAGCGGUCACCCGUGCCAGCGGUCACCGGAGCCAGCGGUCGCGGUAGCUAAUGGUUGGUAG